AUGGCAGAUACCUCUGAUCCCCCAAGUGCCCCGCAGGCGCAGGUCAAGACGCCACGAAAACUGUUGUUUCGCUCCAAGCGAGGCUUUAUCCGGUUCAUCGACCCUCGCAACGUGAUCGGCUUCCUCUGGCUGGGCCCGGCCCUGGCAAUUCUCAUCCUCAACUUUCGAAACCACAUCAUCGGUUCCGGCCUGAAUUGCCGCUCGCACUGUCGCAUCGAUCCAUAUUCCACAAGCCAGGUACAGCAGAUUGAGCGGCUCGACUCGACCAACCGCGAUGUCCUCGGAGCGCUCCAGUUUGUCGCAAAAGGCCUCGAGGUGUGGUUCAUGUACGUGGCUGCAAGCUUUAUUUACAUCCUGGCAGUGCACAUCUCGGUCAAGGAUGACCGGCUCCCCGUGAGCCUGCUGUUGGUGUACGCCGAGUUCAUGGACCUCCUCUAUCUCAAAGACCUGGCCAUGAGGAUCAGGGAGUUUCUGAAGGAAAAAAGACAAACAACAACUGGACCGGCCUCUGCUCCCCCGAGGAUCCACCCAUGGAUCCUCUACAGCUUCAUCUUUGUCGUCGCCGGCUUGUGUGCGAUUGCCAAUCUGAUGGGGGUCGCCACUGCCACGCUCGUUCUUCCGGGGCUGCAGUGGAUUGACAUUAAUGUCAACGACUCGAUUGCAUUCGAUCAAUUGCUUUCUGCUGAUCCUCCCAGGGGAAGCUUCAUCCGCGGCUGCCAGCCCGGAGAUCUCUCCAGCGGAUUCUACAGCUGCACGUCCAACCUAUACGCAUCCAGCCUUGACCAACUCAUAUCGUCUGCUGUUGCGACCGAGAGGCAUCUGGCAGCGUACGGCUCACUUGCAUUGCCCCCAGUCACUCAGGAAUCCGAACUAUCCCUGAGCCCUAAUAUCUCCGACGAUGCGGGGCUCUUUUGGGCCCCAAGCCGUCAGGUCGCGCGCGAGUUUUCAGCCGACUUGUCCAAUUACUAUGUGACAACCCUGUGGUCCGAGACUUACCCGCGCGACUACGCCGUCUACCCCGACUCGCGGCAGUUCAACCAGUCGCUCCGGGUACAGCUGCAACGGACGGGGCCUACGAUCGGCUUUAGCAGUGACUGUUGGUCAUACGAAGGGCCUCGAGUCUUUCGAAUCGCUGACGACAGGAGUAUCCGUUGCUACAGUGGUUUGUUCGACAAUCAAAAUAACACUGCGACCAAGUGUAUCCGCUGGGGUAACGGCUGGGACGAUGCUGCCUCAGCCUCGUCGGCCUCGUUUACCGUUGCAGACGAUGUGACCCAGCUCGACAUCAAUGUCACCGUCUACAGCACGCCGCAUGCACGCUAUCUGUACGAUACUAACUGCUUCCAAGACGCAUCAUGCGAUUGGGACCGAAUCUUCAACGAGCCAGCUGCCCCCGAAGUGGCCAACAUCUCGGACAGCCAGCAGACAUACGAGUACGCAUCUGACUUCGGGGACAGGGUCAUCUGGUGCGACUAUAUUGCCUGGCUCAGCUUCGCCACCUACGCCGUCGAUCCCUCCCCAGUCUCGAAUUCCCUCCAUCUGGCCCAGCUCGGGGUACUCCACGCCCGCCCAGACAUAGACACGGAAGACAACAGAGGCCGAGCCGCAACGCUGAACAUCCACGCAGACUGGAUCCUUGCAGCCUGGUCCAUCAACGCAACUAACGGGCGCGUCGACGGGAGCCGCGGCGCAAGCAGGAACUUGGUCAUCGCGUACCAACGCUUCAUCUCAGACCCAGCCGUGGGAUACGCCCGUUUCGGCCUCAUCCACAUGUGGACCACAAUGCAGGCCGCUAGCCUCAUUCCAUACACGACACGCACCCUCUCCACAUCCUCGGACCGCUCCCUCCAGCGCGAACACGAAGCCAAUAACCCAUACACAGCCGCAACACUCACAUCCUGGGCCACCGUCCAAAUCUGGAAAUACGGCAUCGACUCACGAACAAAGACACUGGGCGCGGUCAUCCUAAUCAUCGGCAUCGUCAUCGUCCUCGCAACAACGCUCAUGUGGAUUGAAUCCCCACAGUCGCCGACGCGCGUGGUCGUCGCAGCCCUAUUCCAGGAUCGUCCUGUCGGGUUACAGGAAAAGGAUGUGGAGACUGGAGGGCCGUUGAGGGCUACGUAUGAGUAUCCAGAUAAGGCGACGAAAAGGUCGAGUACGUUUGUUUUUCGGCAUACGAACUCGAUGCCGCUGUCAGAUCAGGGGGUUGCGGCUCAGACUGCAACUGGAGCUGAGGCUGCGCCUGCAUCUGCUCCUAAAAGCAAAGAGCAGGCAGAAUUGACUGUUGAGGAGGCAGGCAAGAUUUGA